AUGGGUUCUUCACCUCGGUCAAACACCCCGCUUGGAAUCCCACUCCGCAGCCUUACCGCGUCGCCCUUUCAUGCUUCUGCCAACGGAAGUAAUGUGUCACUAGCAUCCCCCCCCUCCGCGGUCUACGCACUCCUCACCCCCGAAGAGACAGCUUUGAAGCUCCAAACUUCCCUGAAACAUGGUCUGACUUCCUCUCAAGAUGCUAUAUACCGUCGAUCGAUCCACGGGACCAACGAACUGCCCCAUGGAGAUGACGAGUCGUUGUAUGUGCGAUUUUUCAAGCAGUUUGUUGAAUCGCCCCUCAUCCUCCUACUUCUCGGGAGCGCAGCGGUUUCUUUCAUGAUGGGAAAUAUGGAGGAUGCAAUAAGCAUCACUUUGGCUGUGGUCAUUGUUGUUGCCGUGGGCUUUGUCCAGGAGUACCGAUCGGAGAAAAGUUUGGAGGCCUUGAACAAGCUUGUUCCCCAUUACGCGCAUCUAGUCCGGGGUAGACCCGCGGAUGGAGAAUCCGGAUCGCCCGCAUCUUCCACUGUUAUGGCUGGGCAAUUGGUUCCGGGUGAUCUAGUGAUAUUCUCAACUGGGGAUCGAAUUCCGGCGGACAUCCGUAUCACCAAUGCAGCCGGUUUAGAAAUCGAUGAGUCCAAUUUGACCGGCGAGAACGAGCCCGUGAAGAAAACGGUGGAAGCCGUUACCCCACGGGAUGCGCUUAAUCCUACUCUGUCGGAUAUCUCCGUGUCUGAAAGGACAUGUAUUGCAUUUAUGGGAACACUAGUACGCAGCGGCAAUGGUCAAGGAAUAGUGAUAGCCACCGGCUCCAAAACCGAAUUCGGUACAAUCACAGCGAUGCUUGCCGGAAUCAGCAAACCUAAAACUCCUCUGCAAAGUUCCAUGGAUAAACUGGGCAAAGAUCUAAGUUAUGCUAGUUUCGGUGUUAUUGGAGUUAUCGUUCUCCUAGGAUUAUGGCAAGGGCGAGGCUGGCUUGACAUGUUCCAAGUGGGGGUUUCUUUGGCGGUUGCGGCUAUACCGGAGGGCUUGCCAAUCAUCGUAACAGUGACAUUAGCCUUGGGAGUGCUGCGGAUGGUACGGCGGGGGGGGAUUGUACGGAGAUUGCCGAGUGUAGAAACCUUGGGAUGUGUUUCCGUUAUUUGCAGUGAUAAAACUGGCACCCUAACAACGAACCACAUGACCCCCCCUAUCACCAGGGAUGCUGCGACAGAAGCCAUUAUACGAAUUGGCAAUUUAUGUAACAAUGCUCGGCUUUCCUCAACAAGUGCUUCGACUGUGGCGGCUGCGGCAAUUGGUAUUACAAAUACCGGCACUGACUCUCGGUUCGUUGGACAUGCCACCGAUGUUGCUUUGUUGGAUUUAAUGGAUGCAUUCGGGGAUUCCGAUGCAAGGCAACGUACCGAAAGAGUAACAGACAUUCCAUUUUCCUCUGAAAGGAAAUGGAUGGGCGCCGUAGUUCGCAAUGAGGACGGUGAGCGCAAGCCAUAUAUCAAGGGUGCGGUUGAGCAUGUUCUUGCAAGAUGUGAUGCCUACCUGACGAGAGAGGGAAGAGAGAUUGUUUUGGAUGAGAAACAACGGAAGAAUGCAUUGGCGGCUGCUGAAAAAAUGGCAUCAGAAGGACUACGAGUCAUAGGGUUUGCUCAAGGCUCUCCGAUCCCGGGGAAUCUUGGGAAUGCCAGCGGAAACGACGAUCCCAUAUUUAGGGGCCUCACGUUUGCUGGGGCAGUUGGCAUGUCUGAUCCCCCUCGAAAGGGUGUCAAGUCUGCAGUCAGACGAUUGAUGCGCGGCGGUGUUAAAGUAAUGAUGAUUACCGGUGAUUCCGAGACAACCGCGGUUGCGAUCGCAAGGAAGCUUGGAAUGCCAAUCCUUCCCGACAGCCAUGGGCACGGCGGUAUUGUGCGGCCUGUUUUGAAAGGUGAGGACUUAGAUGCUAUGACAGACGCUCAACUUGCACAAGCAAUUGCCACUACGACGAUCUUUGCCCGCACUUCUCCCGAACAUAAGAUGAAAAUUGUGCGCGCACUUCAGUCGCGGGGAGAAGUUGUGGCCAUGACGGGUGAUGGGGUUAAUGAUGCCCCUGCGCUUAAAAUGGCAGAUAUCGGCAUCAGCAUGGGAUUGCAGGGAACCGAUGUGGCUAAAGAGGCAGCUGAUAUGAUUCUAACCAACGACGACUUCUCCACUAUCCUUAGUGCUAUUGAAGAAGGCAAAGGAAUCUUUUACAACAUUCAAAAUUUCCUAACCUUUCAACUCAGUACCAGCAUCGCCGCCUUGAGCUUGGUUCUUUUAUGCACAUUUGUCGGACUGCCCAACCCAUUAAAUCCCAUGCAAAUUUUAUGGAUAAAUAUCUUGAUGGAUGGCCCCCCCGCACAAUCCCUAGGAGUGGAACCAGUAGACCCAGCCGUGAUGACGCGACCACCACGUUCCCGCAACGAGCAAAUAUUAACCAGACCCGUCCUCUUGCGAAUCUUCACUUCUGCACUAACUAUCCUACUCGGCACGAUAUUUGUCUACGUCCUGGAAAUGCAUGAUGGUGUUGUCACAGCACGUGAUACCACCAUGACCUUCACCUGUUUCGUUCUGUUUGACAUGGCGCUCGCGUUGUCCUGUCGCUCGGAAUCGAAAUCGAUAUUGAAGGGCGAGAUCAAGAUUUUCGGGAACAAAAUGUUCAAUUAUGCCGUUAUCGGAUGUCUCGUCGGACAGAUGGCGGUUAUUUAUGUUCCCGGCUUGCAGAAUAUAUUCCAGACGGAAACGCUGUCGUUUAAGGAUUUGGGGAUUUUACUAGCGAUCGCUACUUCGGUAUUUUGGGUCGAUGAGGGGAGGAAGUGGGCCCAGAGAAGAAGGGAGUUUGCUGGCGGGUAUAGUGGGAAUGUUUGAUAGGAUUUGGAAUAGAAUUACAACGAGUCAUUGCAAGAACCUUUUAGUCAUCUGCUUGUUUCUUCCUGGGGAGGGGUUCCUUUCUCUCUCUUCCAUAAAGCUCUAAUGGGUAUUUGGGGUUUUUUCUUUUUUUGGGGUUCGUAAAAAAUGGUGUAAAGUUUGGGCGUCUGUCGUUUCGUAAAGGCAAUGUGAGAAAUGGAACCCCUUGCGCAGUUUUUUUCUUCUUUCCCUUUUGAUCCUUCGAUUGUAUUAUUAGCUAGCUGGACGUGGGGCGGGGGAAGGGGGGGUUAUUCCCGGUGGACGAAAAGAUACCUGUGAAAGUUUGCGAGUAUGAAAUGAGUUUUUAUGG